CAAAAACAGCACCCGCCAACCAGCUGUCCCCGUCACACUGCAACAAAAAACAAAACAGAAAAGACUGGUCAAAACGCCUCCGAAGUGGCUCCCCCAGUCGUCGCCCAGCCAAUGCCCCGGGUGCGCACGUGACCCUCGCUCACCGCACGUCUCCUCGAACCAACUCCUACUUCUUUGCCCGAAACCCGCCAGCAAACAAUGCUAAAUUUUCCCCGACAACUCCCAGCUCUCCGGCAAGGACACAGGCUCCUCCACGGGUCCUGCAUGCGCGCGGCGGGCCACUCCAAGUGGCAGAACAUCAGACACGACAAGGCCAAAAACGACGCGAAGAAACUGAAGGAAGCGUUCACCAUGGUCACGCGGAUCAUGGCCAGCGUCAAACUGGGCGGCGUGGACAGCAACGCGCAGUUGGCCACGCUAGUGGAGAAGGCGCGGAAGGCCAAUAUCACCAAGAAAAUCAUCGACAACGCCAUCAAAAGAGGCCUGGGCGAAAGCACCGGCUCUACGGUCCAGACGUUCGAGGUCAUGUACGAGUUCAUGGGCCCUGGCGGCGUGGCGUUCAUUGUGGAGGCCAACACGGACAACAAGACGCGGACCAUCGGGCUCGUGAAGCACGCACUUUCAAAGUUUAACGCGGCCUUGAGCCCAUGCCAGUAUAUAUUCCAGCGCAAAGGCGAGAUUGUGUUCGAGGCGCGCUCGGGCUCGGAGCUGUUUGACGAGAUCUUCGAGGCGGCCAUCGACGUCGGGGCCGAAGACGUGGUGGAGUUCGAGGACGUCGAAAACGAGUACGACGGCGAGGCCUUGUACAAGAUCACCACGGACCCGGCCGACUUGAACGCCGUGUCCAACCGCUUGUCCGAAAAGGGCUACAAGUUGCGCGACUCCAAAACCACGUUUGUGGCGGACCCCGACAGCGAGGUGGAUUUCCCGGAGGGCCUCGAGAAGAGCAUGGCCAAGUGCAUUGAUCUUUUGGACGACACGGCCGAGGUGACCAACUACUACACGAACAUCCGCAACUAGAUUGAAAAUGGCUGUUGAAGCUGGGUGGGGCUGGUUAAAAACUGGCUGUUGUAUG